UAUCAGCUAGUGCUGUGAAUUUGGGUGUAGGGCUUCGAUUAGUACUCCUCCUUAGUAUUGCAGUGCGCGUUGGUGGUGUCAGUGAUGAAUGAGUGGCAUAUUGGUAUCACGGGUUAAAUACAAGCGAUAUUUAGUACAGUUGCAUGCAGGGUUGAAGAACAAGGCCAUCUGCUUUUUCCUCCUCUUCUAGCCUUUCUUCCAUCUCGCCUCUUCUAAGAUGAAGGGCAUGCUCUUGGGCAACUUCUUUCUGGGCAAGCUCCAUAGCUAUGUGCUGAGAAUCAGCCGCGACAAGCUGGUGCAGCGCCUGCUGACCGACAGUGAACGCUGCCGAGCGCCGGGCCCUCCGCCGCAGGGCCGUCCGCCGGCCGUCGGGGCGCGCUCCGUCGGCCACCAGCGCGCAACCGCGCCCCAGCCGCAGCCCUCUGUCGCCUGGACAGCAGCCCUGAGACAACAGGUGCGAUGGGUGACGCGCCAGCUGGUGAGCAGUCUGGUGACGCCCUCCAGCCGGCUGCUCUCACACCAGUGCAAGGACCUGGCGCGGCGCCUCCUCUUCAGCGGCGGCACGCGCACCCUGGUGGCGUUUGUCGGCAUCACGCUGACGGGCGACGACGGCCUCGUCACCAAAGCGGACCGCAUGGAGGUGCUCUGCUCUGACAUCAAGAAGUUUGUGCAGACCAUGCAGUGGCUGAACGACGAUUGCGAAUGCGCCGACGGCAGUAAUGUGCAGCAGCUGGACCAGCUAGACAUCGGAGAGGAGAUUGCCAAGGGCUGCAACGCCGUCGUCUACAAAGCCAGAAUCAAAGACACGGACGGCAGAGGCUGGAACCUGGCCGUCAAGAUGAUGUUCAACUACGACGCCGAGAGUAACGCAUCUAGCAUCCUGCGCGCCAUGUACCGCGAGGUGGUGCCGGCUCCGUUCGCCAGCGUUUCGGAGGACGUCCGCCAGAUGGUGGCCCGGUUUGGCUUGCGACUGGCCGACCUACCGUCGCACCGUAAUCUGGUCUCCAUCCGGGACGUAUUCGUGGACCGGGUACCGCUGCUGGCGGGCGCUGUGGCCGCCUACCCGGCCGCGCUGCCGCCGCGCCUCCAUCCGGCCGGCGCCGGACGCAACGCCAGCCUCUUCGUCGUCAUGAAGCGAUACGACGACAACCUGCGUCACUACCUGGAGACGAGCGAACUGUCGGCGCAUACACGCCUGCUGCUGCUCAGCCAGCUGCUGGAGGGUGUGGCCCACCUCGGUCGGCACCGUGUGGUGCACAGGGACCUGAAGACGGAUAACGUGCUGGUGGAUCUGGGCGGCGGCCGCCAGCAGCCGCGCCUGGUGAUCGCCGACUUCGGCUGCUGCCUGGCCGAGCCGGACGGCCGCCUGGCCGUACCCUUCAACUCGUGGGACGUGGACCGCGGCGGCAACGUGGCCCUCAUGCCGCCCGAGAUCGCCGCCGGCCGGCCGGGCCGGUUCGCGUGGCUCGACUUCAGCCAGGCGGACGUGUGGGCGGUCGGCGCCAUCGCGCACGAGAUCCUGGGCGGCGCCAACCCCUUCUACGGCGCCGACCGGCUCGACAGCGUCACCUACGCCGAGUCGGAGCUGCCGCCGCUGCCGGAGGCCGUGCCGCCGCUGCUGCGCCUCCUGGUGGCGGCCAUGCUGCGCCGCUCGCCGGCGGAGCGCGUGUCGGCCAGCACGGCGGCCACCGUCUGCCAGCUGCUGCUGUGGGCACCCAAGGCCUGGCUUGCGGCGCGGCCCUCACACCAACGGAUCAAGGAGUGGCUGCUGACGCUGACGGCCAAGGUGAUGUGCGAGUGGCGCGCGCCAGCUUCGCGCGACGACCGCCUGGAGCACGUGCUGGUGCACACCUUCCUUUGUCGGCUGACGUACGCCCAGCUGGAGGCGGCGCUCGACUGGCUGCAGCUGCGUGCCUGAGGGGCUGAUGGACGGCUCGAGCGACGCCCCCUCUGUGAUAGCGCGGGCUGCUGAGUGGCCGCCGGCUCCGCUGGCAGUGGGCUCCGCUGGCGGGGCCGGAGCCGGCGGCCGUGCCGCGCCCGUCAGCCGGCCGGCCGCGGCGGAGCCGGGCGGCGUGGCCGAGUCGGUUGUGCCUGGGGUUGUGCUGAUCACGAUCAGACGGUGCUGAGAUGUGUUACCAGCGCU